CGGGGGGGCCGCGGAGGCUCACGGUUAAGGUCGGCGCCGCUGCUGCAAGAUGGCGGCCCAGGAUGAGCUGAACCAACUUGAGCGGGUUUUUAUGCGCCUGGGCCUAGCUGAGACAGAUGAACAGCUACAAAGUAUUAUCUCAAAGUUUCUUCCUCCUGUUUUGCUGAAGCUGUCUAGUGUUCAGGAAGGAGUUCGUAAAAAGGUCAUGGAGCUAUUGGUUCAUCUCAACAAGCGCAUUAAGAGCCGUCCUAAAAUUCAGUUACCAGUGGAAACUCUGCUGGUUCAGUAUCAGGAUCCUGCAGCUGUGUCAUUUGUCACCAACUUCACUAUAAUAUACAUCAAGAUGGGCUAUCCUCGUUUAUCUGUAGAGAAACAGUGUGAAUUGGCACCUUCCUUGGUUACUGCAAUGGAAAGCAAACCUCAGCCACAGCAAGACAGCCUGAUGCAGUUACUAAUCCCAACAUUGUAUCAUAUGAAGUACGCAGUGGAAGUAACCAAAGCAACAUCUCCUUUCAACUUGGGAGAGAAACCAAAGAUUGUUCAGCAGCUAUUGGACUUCAUGUUGGAUGUCCUGUUGAUGCCUUAUGGGUUUAUAUUGAGUGAGCCACAAAAUCGACCUAGCCAAGGCCCGCAAGGUGUCAAUGGUGGUGCUGUUGGUCUUGCUCAGCCACCAGCUGGCAUGAGCUCCUAUGCAGCUAAGCGUGUGGUUGGUGAUAAUCCGUGGACACCUGAACAGCUAGAACAGUGUAAACUGGGAAUUGUGAAAUUCAUUGAAGCAGAACAGGUACCAGAAAAUGAAGCGAUUGUUCACCUGGUGGUAGCGUCCAGUGAUACACGACACAGCGUAGCAACUGCUGCAGACAUGGAAGUGAAGAGCAAACAAAGCAUAAUUGACUGGAACAAUCCUGUGAUUGUCAAUAAACUGUAUAAGAUUUACCUGGGAGACAUACCAUUGAAAACAAAGGAGGGAGCAGCACUGAAGCCAGAGCUAAAACGGGAACCAGUCAGCACCAGAGUUAAACUCAAGAUUCUCCCCCACCUGUUGCGCUCCAAGCAGGCGGCAGAGAUAUUCCCAGCCAGUAUACAGGUGGUGUACGAUGGACUGUUUGGUGCUAAUACAAAUGCAAAGUUGCGGACCCUAACCCUACAGUUUGUGCAUCAUAUAUGUUUAGUCUGCCCUGACAAUAAAAUUAAGCCUUUAGGACCAAUGCUUUUAAAUGGACUCACAAAGUUGAUCAAUGAAUAUAAAGAGGAUCCAAAAGCCCUUUCUAUGGCAUAUUCAGCGGUUGGGAAGUUAUCCAGCCGUCUACCACAACUCUUCACUAAGGAUUUAGCACUUGUGCAGCAGUUUUUUGAAGCUAUGUGCAAGGAAAAUUCUGACAUCAGGCUUUCUAUUCAAGAAGCUUUGGCCAUGAUGGUAGGAGCCUACAGCUCACUACAAGGAGCUUCUCUUACUCUAAUGGAGGCACUUGUUGCUGCUUACCUUGAAAAGCCUGAAGCACAGGUCCGACAAGUGGCAGUAAAGUUUGCCAGCACAGUGUUUGCCUCAGAUCAUAUACCAUCCAGAUACAUGCUAUUACUAGCUGCUGGUGAUCCAAAAGAAGAGGUUCAAGGAGAAGCAAAACGUGUACUGAGGGCUCUGCCAAAUCAAACGAGCGAAAAGGAAAGCACCCCAAAGCCUAUGCCAUCUUUUCCUGAAAUGGUCCAUUACAUUCAGGACAAGGCUUCUCAGAGGAUAAAAACUUCAGCAAAAUAUGUUGUGGGAACUUACAUUCUGCCAUUUAACCCUGCUGCCUAUAGUGAGAUUAUCCUUCAUCUGCGAAUGUGCCUGGCACAUAGUGCAGGGUUGUUGCCUACCUCUCAGAGUUUCAUCGACCAGGCUCCAGCUAUUGGCCGUUAUGUUAGAAGUCUAACUACUGAUAGCUUUACUUCAUCAUCAUCCUCAAAGAAUGGCGAAGCCAAUCCAGUGCAAGUGUACAUUGAUCUCCUGCAGCAGUACCUGACAACCAUAGGAGGAUUGUCUGUAAUGUAUUGUCUUUUGGAAAUGGUCUCUGUCUACCCACAAAAAUUGGCUGCACAGUUCACAGAUAAAAUAGACUGGAUUAAGGGUCUGAUGAAUACAAACAAAGAUGAGAUGCGCGAACUGGCAGCACAGCUUUAUGCAGUGGUGCUAUCUACAAUGUCUGGGAAUGAACUGCAAUUGGCUGUUCAGGCUCUAAUACGGAGCACUAAAGACCAUAGCCCAGAAACCCAACAUGGAGCUUUGCUGGCUUUAGGAUAUACAAUAGGUCGCUACCUGGCUAGAAAUAUGAAUGAAAGUUUAGAUAUUGAAGAUAUGGAACAGUUGAAUACCGCAGCACCACAUGAAGACCAGCUAAUCCAGUCAACUACAGAAACAAUUGCUUCAUUUUUAGGUGAUGCAUCCCCUUCUCUGGCCAUGGCUGCUUGUACCGCAAUAGGUGAAAUUGGGAGGAAUGGUGCUUUACCUAUGCCAAGUGAAGGUCCUGGGUUUACAAAACUGUACGUAGUGGAAACCUUGCUGACAAAAAUCCCCUCUAGUAAGGAGAGUAACAAGAUGAAGGAACGAAUAGUACAAACACUUGGUUAUCUGCCAGUUGGGGAUGGUGAUUUUCCACAUCAAAAAAAACUGCUGCAAGGAUUGAUGGACUCAGUUGAGGCAAAGCAAAUCGAAUUACAGUUCACAGUUGGAGAAGCAAUCACCAAUGCUGCUAUAGGAACCGGUUCAGUGGCAGCUCGUGAUCUCUGGAUGGUGAGUGAGGAUGAAUAUUCUCCUCCUAGUGAUGUAAAGGUAAAUGAUGUUGUUCCAUGGGUUCUGGAUAUAAUCCUGAAGAAAUACAUUGUUAGUCCUAAUUCCCAUGUCCGCCAGGCUUCCUGUGUCUGGCUUUUGUCACUGGUGAAAAAACUGAGUCAGCACAAGGAGAUCAAGUCUCAUCUGAAGGAAAUUCAGAGUGCAUUCAUUUCAGUUCUGUCUGAGAAUGAUGAGCUGAGCCAAGAUGUUGCUUCCAAAGGUCUUGGAUUGGUAUAUGAACUGGGCAGUGAACAGGAUCAACGGGAAUUAGUAUCCAUUCUUGUGGAAACACUUAUGACUGGGAAAAGGACAAAGCAACGUCUUACAGAAGAAACUGAAGUGUUUCAAGGAACUUCACUGGGAAAGACUCCUGAUGGACAGGGAUUGUCCACUUACAAAGAGCUCUGUGCGCUCGCCAGUGAUCUUAAUCAACCUGAUCUUGUUUAUAAGUUUAUGAACUUAGCUAAUCACCAUGCCAUGUGGAAUUCACGAAAGGGUGCUGCUUUUGGUUUUAACAUUAUAGCAACCAAGGCUGGAGAGCAGCUGGCUCCUUACUUACCACAACUUAUCCCUCGUCUUUAUCGAUAUCAGUUUGACCCAAAUGCUGGAAUCCGCCAAGCUAUGACCAGUAUCUGGAAUGCGCUUGUCACGGAUAAAAAUGCUACAGACAAAUACUUGAAGGAGAUUCUUCGGGAUUUAAUAAACAACCUGACCAGCAAUCUGUGGAGGGUUCGUGAAUCCAGUUGUUUAGCAAUUAAUGACCUGCUCCGGGGGAGACAAGUGGAUGAAAUUAUUGACCAGCUUCCAGAAAUAUGGGAAACACUUUUCCGAGUGCGUGAUGAUAUCAAGGAGUCGGUCCGCAAAGCUGCAGACCAUGCACUUAAAACUCUGAGUAAGGUGUGUGUGCGCAUGUGUGAUCCAUCCAAUGGUGCAGCUGGUCAGCGAGCUAUUGCUGUUCUCUUGCCUUGCUUACUCGACAAAGGUAUUAUGAGUGACGUAGCUGAAGUUCGAUCUCAGAGUAUUAACACCCUUGUGAAAAUUAGCAAAAGUGCAGGUGCACUGUUAAAACCACAUGCACCACGACUUAUUCCUGCUUUGUUGGAGUCUUUAAGCGUUCUCGAGCCACAAUUCCUGAAUUACUUGAGCCUACGUGCCACAGAACAAGAGAAGACUGCAAUGGACAGUGCCAGACUAAGCGCUGCUAAAUCUUCUCCAAUGAUGGAAACCAUCAACAUGUGUCUCCAGCAUUUGGAUGUGUCUGUCCUGGGAGCUCUUGUUCCCAAACUCUGUGAACUGCUAAAGAGUGGAGUAGGUCUUGGAACCAAAGGAGGUUGUGCCAAUGUAAUUGUGUUUCUAACAACACAAUAUCGACAAGAUUUGAAACCCUAUUCAGGUAAAUUGAUGAGUUGCCUGCUGAAUGGUUUAACUGAUCGUAGCAGUGUCAUACAAAAAGCAUUUGCUGUAGCAAUUGGUCAUUUGGUUGGGACGGCACGUGACAGUAGUACUGAAAAGUUAUUCCAGAAACUCAACAUCUGGUAUCUCGAAAAAGAUGAGCAAGUAUACAAAUCAGGGUGUGCUCUAACAGUCCAUGCUAUUGGACACUACAGCCCAGAUGUGCUUAAGAACCAUGCUGUGGUGGCUCUGCCUCUUGCAUUUCUUGGAAUGCAUGAAAUCGCUGAUGACGAGAAAGUAGAAACUUCUGAAUCUGAGUUGUGGACGGAAGUGUGGCAAGACCACGUACCUGGUAGUUUUGGCGGAAUCAGACUAUACAUGCCAGAAUUAAUAGGUAUUACGCAGAAGGCACUGCAGUCUCAGUCAUGGAAGAUGAAAUCACAGGGAGCUUCUGCAAUGGCAUCCAUUGCCAAACAGCAAACUGGCUCACUGGUCCCGCCACAUUUAGGAAUGAUAUUGAAUGCACUUUUGCAAGGAAUGUCGGGUCGCACAUGGGCAGGAAAGGAGGAGCUAUUGAAAGCUGUUGCCAGUGUGGUGACUGCAUGCAGUGCAGAGCUGCAGAAAAGUGUGCCUGACCAACCCAGCAUAGACACCGUCAUUCAGGUUAUAUUGAAAGAGUGUCGUAAAGAAAAUCUCCAGUACAAGAUAGUGGCUUUAAAGUCGGUUGCCAAUAUAUUGCAGGCUACAAAAGAGGAUCACUUUCAAGAAAUGGCAGAUAUUCUGUUUCCAGUAAUAAAAAAGAGUUCUCCCGCUGCAGGAACACCAAUGGAAGAAAGUGAGGACGAAGAUCAUAAGGAGAAGGAGCUACAAAUGGAAUAUCUGCUUUGUGCUUUUGAAACUCUUGGCAAAGCAUGGCCCGCAACUCCAACAAUACAAGCUCAAUACCGUUUAGAAUUGUGCCAUUUAAUGUGUGAAAGGUUAAAGCUGAGCACAUGGAGAGUUCAGCUGGGAGUACUCCAAGCCAUGAAUGCCUACUUUCAAGGAUUAUUGCUCCUGAACAAGGAAAACAAAGAGACAAGUGAGUUAACCGAAAUCCUUAAGGAUACCUGCUCAGCUCUCACAUUUCCAUUGGAAAAUAAGAGCUACUCUUCAGUCAGGGCGGAGGCUUUAUUGAUAGUUGAAUUACUAUUUACCAAACUGGAAGCGUCCGCUCAGUGGGCAACAUUGACAUCUGAAAAGAGGAACUUGCUUCUCAGAUCCCUGGAGACCAUGGAUUCAGACAAUCGACCAGAACUGAAAGACAAGGCCGCACAGCUCAAGAAACAGCUUAAAAACCUCCCAUAAGCUUGCAACUGUUUGUAUUCUUCAACAGGGUAACUUCAGCUGAAGAUCUGUGACCAAAAUGUGGGUCCAGUUUGGACACCUAAGAUCUUGUUUGCGUUGUCAGGUAGACCUGUUCUAGAGUAUGACAAAAAUGCUGAAUCUUCUGCUUAGAAGAAGUGCUAGUAUGGUGAAUUCCGUAUUCAAAUGUGGGUGUUUGUGUGUUAAAUUUAGUCACAUUACGCAGAUUAUCCUGUAUCUGCAUCAGAUGCGAACUAUAUCUAUGCAUCUUGUUUUGUCUUCCUCCAGUGAAAUGAAGAGCUAAGAAAUCUGAGGGUAAGGUCAUGGAAUGUUUAUUGUGAUGCAUGGUUCAAAUACAGUAGAUGGUUCAGAAUUGGAGGGGUGGUGCACCCAGCUGUACUGAAGUAAUCAAUUCAACUGAAAUAGUUCAGUUCACUUCAGUUUAGUUGACACAAAGCAGAAUAUUAAAGUUAAACUUUAGCCUGUUAUGUUGCAGUUUGAAGACGUGUAGAUUGUGUUCAGGUUUAUAAGAUCUGGCAUCCCACUGUGCAAGGUACAUUGUGCCUACAUUUUAAUAGGUCAUUCUGCACUGCCAUUCAAAUGGCAUGAUGUAUAUCAGACAUUAUAACUUGUACUGGUUCCUGCAUUUUUAAUGUACUUAAAGGAGUAAGAGUCAAAGUUUAUCCUGUCUGAGGUGUGCAUGUAAAGUGCACCAGAAAGCAGUUCAUCUAUUAACUCUCAUAGGGGUAGAUGCAGAGUCUGAUGUGUUAACCAUAUGGACUUCUUGUCUAUUCAGCAGAAUAAGAAUUGGCAACAUCUAUUCCAUACCCAUAUUUUUUCUUCUUUUUAACUUUUUAUUGAGUUGAAUUUCUUCAUAAUAUUGUCGAGUUCUGUAGAAACAAGAAAUCCAUUGUUCUUCAUUAUAUAACCCUUUUUGCCGUGCUGGCUUUCUUCAUUAUGUUGCUUGUUUAUAAAGUGGAAGUGGUAUCACCCAAUAGUUAUUUUAAGUAGUUCUGCAUCCUGACAUACACUUUGUAGACUUGUUUUGAGUUUCAGGGAACUGAAGAGCUAACAGUUUUCACACUUGUCUAAUAAGUAAAGAUUUUGUUGGAGGUGUUUGAAAAUGCAAUGAUUGUUUAAAGAACCACGAGCAAAUUAUCAAAAUUUUUGCACAUAUCCUUAAUGCACUCUUCUUUCCAUACAUGUCUCAAAUUUGCCAAUAAAUACUUUAGGGCAUCUCAUAUUCAAUUGUAUUUUAAUGGUUUUAUUCAGAUUAUACUGUAUUCUUAACCAAAUAAAUCACACCUCAUGUUUUAGCGACCUACUUUAAAAGAAUUCUUAAAAUGCUGCAAAUUAAUUUUUCAAAGCCAACUAAGACAAUAAAUACCAGUCUUGAGAGUAGUUGUUUUUUUAAACUAGAACACGGACAGAUUCUGAUAACAUGCACAGCUAUAGAAGGAAUUCUGCAUUGUUUCUUUACCAGCUCAUUUUCGAACGUCAGUGCAGUAGUUUAGAAUGGUGAUACCUAUUCUUCGAUAAUUUGAAUGUGCUACCGAUUCGGGAUUAAUCAGAAAAGCAUCUCCACAAUGAUAAAUAGAUUUUUUUAAUAUAAUUUUAAAACCUGGCUUAGUCUAUAGGUACACUUUGCAAAUGUUUUUUAAAUUCCAGAAGGAAUGAUAUUGAAACAUAGCUGGAAAUUUCCUUCCGAAACGUUUCCCGUCAAAUUAAUAGUCCUUGUAAUUCUUAAGUGAAGUAGUAGAACGUUUGGCUCCAGCACUGUUUGUGGUUCAAAUCCACCCGCCUCAGUUGGAUUGUUGUAGUUGGGUCACAAAGAAGAUUUUAGCUGGGACAUCAGACAGAAAUGAAAGGUUCCCAAGAGAAUGGAAACUAAUGACUCGACUUGUGCUCCUUGAAUUGUGCUCGUACAUCAGAUGAUGAUCACCAUUGCUGUUCUGUACAGUGUGGAGAAUUGCAGCCUGACUGCCUCCCCUCCUGGUGGGUGUCUGAUGGCAGAUGGUCUGGACAUUGUUUUUGUCUUUCGGUUAAAUUAUCUUUUUUUUUCAGUGCAGUUCUUUUGCGUACCUGUAUUGAGUAUAGAUUUAUAACUGAUACCAAACUGACUUUACUAUUGUACAGUAAAUGGCAAUGUGUUUAUUUUCUUGACUGAAAUGUCAUUUAAGGAUGCUUUGCUUUUUAGAAUUCUUGAUGGUUUUGAAAGAAAUGUGAAAAACAGUUGUCUCACUUUAUUGCUCCACAGACAGUGGUGGUGUCACGCACACACACACACGCACACACACACACACACACACACACACACACACACACACACACACACACACAAGCGCACAGUGUCAAUGUGAGGCACCAGCCACAGCCAGGUAGAUGUGGCCUUCCUCAAGUUUUCUAUGAAGAAUGAUUGCACUAUUUUAAUAACUUGAACACUGUAUCUUUUGCCCAGUGUGGGCGAUUCUUGCUGCUGCCAUUUGCUAGUGAAGCUUUGUACUGAAGAAGAAACCUGCUGUUUUGUUUUUGAUUUGACAAUGGAUGGCCGCACAUGUUCUUGACAUAAUUGUUUUGCGCAGAAUUGUAAUCAAACUUUUAAUAACUCGAAAAGAUGCCUGAAUCAAAAUCCCCUUAAACUGCGUAGAUUUGGGUUACCAUCCAGUGCUUCAAAUCUUUCCAAUGUGAUCUGAAACGCAUUGUGGAGAUGAUGCAAAUGGAUUUACAGAUCAGAGUAAAAUCCCCAUCCAAUAUCAGUUUAAAGCCAACUCUGAAGCAAAUGGAUAUGAAAGGAACUGGUGGAAGUAGACUGAUUCCUGUGCUGUUCAAACUUGGUGGCAUUGCAUUUUAGCGUAAUCUUAAUACAAUCCACAGCAUUUUCUGGCCGAAAGGAGUGAUAAUACACUAGAUAUAUCUAAUUCAGUGUCUUGGUGUAACCAGGGUGAUCCGUUCAGAUCUGGAGAUGAGGGUUAUUUGAGAAUAAGUGUGGGCCCCUUAAAGAAAUGUCCAUUUGAAUUGUGCUUGCAUGAUGUAUUAAAAAAAAUUAUGCUUGGGUCUUCUGUGAGACAUUGCUGCGGGGUGGUGAAUACAGACACUUUAACAUCGCCAAAACCAAUAAAUGCUUUUGUGCUGUUGUACUACUUA